AGAUACAGAGUCGGGGAAGAGUCAGAAGCCCCAUAUCCCUGCUGUGGCUGAGCGUUUACGCGCGAUCCGACAGCACAUCUCCAGCCUCUCUGGGACUAAUUCCACCAUGCUAACUUCUAAACUAUUAUUUCUCACAUAAUCCGGCUUUCUUUGUGGGUCGCAAAGAGAGGAAAGGUGCAACUUUUACCAGCGGACACCAUUCAUGUGAAGUUAUUUCGGUGCCAAUUACAAAGAGUCAGUGUCCAAGCCCCCCCGUCUAGUCAACGGUGACCCUCUUGGGCCAGCUCUCUGGUUCCAAAGCGACAGGAAUUAUCCCAUUUUCCCUCUCCGAUAAGGGAAAACAGAAGAGCUGUGCAGCAAAAUGCAGAGUUUGACUCAUUUUCAGGGUUCGACUGCUCCUGUUUUUUGGUGAAACGCAGAGUCCAGACUGUACGGAUAAAAGCCCAAGGGUUUUGACAUUUCAGUUCUUUUUAAUUUUUGCUCCUCUUCUUGCUUCAGUGCAUUUUGGAGGGGAGCCCAGACGAUGGGUUGGUGUUGCUCAGGCAUAUGCAGAGCCCUAGCUCUCCUGGUGCUCCUGUUUGUCUUGAGGGGGAGAGGCUGCUGCUGUUGGGGGCUGAAUCCCGGCUCUGGGGACGGGGAAAAGUCUCCACGCUCUGAUCCGGACUCCUGGGAGGCCCUGCACAGGCACAAACGCAGCUGGGUAUGGAACCAGUUCUUCGUGUUGGAAGAGUACACAGGAAAUGAGCCUCUUUACGUUGGCAAGCUGCACUCUGAUGUGGAUAAAGGAGAUGGCAAAGUGAAGUAUGUGCUAUCUGGCGAGGGUGCCACCUCAAUCUUCACUAUCGACGAGAACACUGGAGACAUCCAUGCCACGAAGCGCCUCGAUCGGGAGGCCCAGGCCUACUACACCCUACAAGCUCAAGCCAUAGACCGGAUGACCAACGUACCUGUAGAGCCAAGGUCUAAGUUUGUGGUCAAGGUGCAGGAUAUCAAUGACAAUGAACCCAAGUUUCUUGACGGACCGUAUCUGGCAGGGGUACCGGAGAUGUCACCUUUAGGAACCAUGGUGGUGGAAGUGGCAGCCACAGACGCAGAUGACCCGACAUACGGGAACAGUGCCCGGGUGGUCUACAGCAUCAUCCAUGGGCAGCCGUACUUCUCGGUGGAGCCCAAGACAGGUGUCAUAAGGACAGCUUUGCCCAACAUGGACCGGGAGACAAGGGACCAGUACGUGCUGGUCAUUCAGGCGAAAGACAUGGUGGGCCAAAUGGGCGGCCUCUCCGGCACCACCUCUGUCACGGUCACGCUUACAGAUGUCAACGACAACCCACCACGGUUUGCUCACAAGAGCUAUCAGUACACAGUGUUGGAGUCGUUGCCGGUGCAAUCUGUGGUGGCCAGAAUCAAAGCGGCAGAUGCUGAUAUUGGCUCCAACGCUGAGAUGGACUACAGGAUCAUGGACGGUGACGGCCCCGGCAUGUUCAACAUAACGACAGAUGAGGACACACAAGAGGGGGUUAUUAUCCUGCAAAAGCCUCUAGAUUUUGAGACAAGAAGUGGCUUCGCUCUACGAAUAGAGGCCACUAACAGGAACAUUGACUCUAAUUUCUUGAGCCUGGGCCCAUUUAGUGACACAACUUCUGUCAAAGUUGCCGUGGAAGAUGUGAAUGAGCCACCCAUCUUUUCCGCACCACUUUCCAAAAUGAUGGUUUCUGAGGACGCCAAAGUGGGCACUUCGAUUGGGAGAGUCUCUGCCCAUGACCCGGAUACCUCCAACAGCGCAAUCAGGUACUCUAUUGACAGGAACACUGACUUGGAGCGUUUUUUUAAUGUGGAUGCUCUGAGUGGGAUCAUCAGUACAGCCAAGCCUCUGGACCGAGAAGCUAACUCCAUCCACAAUCUCACCAUUUUUGCCAUCGAGAGCUUGGAUCCAAACCAGAUUGGGAAAGGCAUCGCUCUUAUCACGGUACUGGAUGUAAAUGAUAACGCCCCAGUCUUUGCAAUAGACUACGAAACAAUCCUGUGUGAAAACUCAAUGCCAGGGCAGGUUAUUAAGACGAUCAGUGCUGUGGAUAAGGACGAACCUCUGAGCGGGCAUCGCUUUUACUUUGCCCUGGAUGGAACCGUCGCUGGCAAUCUGAACUUCACCCUUCGAGAUAACAAAGACAACACAGCAUCCAUACUGACAAAGCGAGGGGGCUUCAGGAGACGCGAGCAGCCUAUGUAUCGACUGCCCGUGUUGAUUACAGACAGUGGAAGUCCCGCUCUCAGCAGCACUAACACCCUCUCAGUGCGAGUGUGCGACUGCGACUCUGAGGGCCUGGCCCUGUCUUGUGGAGCAGUGGCCUACACGGCAACUGGCCUUAGCACUGGAGCCCUCCUGGCUAUUCUGGGCUGCAUCAUCACACUUCUGGUGAUGGUUUUGCUGAUUGUUACAAUGCGCCGAAGAAGGAAGCAGCCCUUGAUUCUGGAGGAGGAGAGGGACAUCAGGGAGAACAUUGUCCGCUAUGACGAUGAAGGAGGGGGAGAGGAGGACACAGAGGCCUUCGACAUGGUCACCCUGCGCAACCUCAACAUCAUCAGAGAUCCCACCGUGCGGCGAGAUGUCACGCCGGACACUCCCACCUUCUACCACUAUACCUCGGCUUCCCGGCCCCCCUACAAAUCGCUGCCUGACAACGUGGUGUUUCGAGAGUUCAUCUGGGAGCGGCUGAAGGACGCUGACGUGGACCCCACGGCUCCCCCGUACGACUCCCUGCAGACAUACGCAUUUGAGGGCAGCGGUUCCGUAGCUGAGUCACUGAGCUCGCUGGAGUCGUUAAGUACAGACUCGGACCAGAACUACGACUACCUCAGCAACUGGGGGCCGCGCUUUAAAAAGCUGGCCGAUCUGUACGGCAACAGUGACAGCGGCAGCGUGUUCUCAUAGCCCCCAAAUAUCUCUCUUAACAGUUCUGGAACUUUGAAACGUGAGUAAUAUAAUGUCAGAGCAAGUGGUUUUGUCUGCCUUGGUGCAGCUGAGGAAGAGAUUCAAAGACAACACAAGUGAUUGAAGGAAAAACACUUUGACUUCAAAGGUUUUUUUGGUUUGUUUACCUCCCUGUAUGGGCUUUAAAAAGCAUGCCAUGGUGAGUUUUGACACUGACUUCAAAAGUGGCUUGACUGAGGAGGAAGCCCUGUGUGCAAAAGACAUUAAAGGUUUCACAUUUUGGGCCUGAGUCCAACCAUUGACUGCAGAAUGCAUUACAUGUGGAAGCAUUUUUCUUUUUUUAUUUACAGGGAGAAGCCUGUCCUUUCAUUUCAGUGAUGGGCACAGGCACAACACUCCUGCUUUGAUGCAUUCCUUUGCUAUCCCUGUGCUAAAAAACAAAAAGUUUCUCAUGAAAGGCUGUCCCCCUGGCAGCUAAUCAGUAGUCUCUGAACUGCUCAGAUGAAAUAUGAGAACAAUUUAUGUUUCUUAUUUCCGUUUUUUUUUUUUUUUUUUUUUUGCAGAUGACAGUUGAAAAUUGGCUGUAUUUUAUAAACCUUUACACCCAGAGCCACAUUACUCAUGGACUCAGUCAUACCUCCUAAAGUUACUAGCCAGACUUUUCCUUAAAAUCCGAUCAAACUCAGCGUAGGUAUUGUUUUUAACCUACUGUAUAAUGCAACAUAGUAAUAUCAGUUUUUCUCUUUAUUUUUGCAUUUUGUUGUAAAUCACUGCUGUAUAUCCCCUUCCUAAAAUCACAUCCCUAAAAGUGCACAGACCUCUGCUGAUGUCACAAAAGGCAAAGAUCAGUUAGUUUUGGGGAUGCAGCAAUCAAAGAUAUGUGUAUGAUCUCCAGUUUUUGUCAAACUUUGACCUACCAAUUUUUGUCAGUUCUCUUUAGGAACUUCAAUCAGAAGCUUAUACUAUAUUUUACAGCCUUCUUGCUGUGAGUUGUAAAAACGUAUUUGUAUUAGAAGCAGAGAAAACAUCACCUAAUCGUUGUAAACCAUUGUUUUGCUUUUUAUAAGCCAUGAUAAAAUGAUUUGGAGUUCAUAUUUUAAACUGUUUUCAGCUUUUUGUAGUUGGUAUUAGCAUAAUUAGCACAGUUAGUAUUACAGUAAACACUCGUCUCCAUGUGUAUUUUCUGGAUAAUAGAGAAUAUAGAUUCUUAACUCUAGGUUGUUAAAAAAGCUAAACAAUUCUGAAUCCAACAUAUGUCAUAGGUUUGCUGUAACAUGUUUAGUCCUCCUGCUGUCUGCUAAAGUGGGUUGCCCUCUUGCAGUUUGACAAAACUACCCCAAGGUUGGUGUAGUUUUGAAACUGCAAAAGUACAGAUUGGCAAAUAAGCACAAUGGCUUCUAGUCGAUGAAGUCUUAAUUUAUUUUGUAGUAGCCUGAGUGAACAGCCAACAUACAGCACCUCCAAAAACAUAUAGUUAGCAUAAAAAGCAAGGACAGUUUCGUUUGGUAGUUUAUUUCUUUGUAGUAACAAUGCUUUUUGGAACUACAUUUUAUAUAAUUGGAAAGCCUGUAUGUAUUCCCUUAAAUGGCACCAGAUUUGUAAGGAAAAUGCAUUUGUAGGUUGAGCAGCAGAAUUGAGUAAUGCUAAAUCCUCUCUGCCAAUCCCAAACACCUUAUUCUACUAUUAAUGCCUGUUUGGUGUGGUUUAUUGGGUUAAAUGAUCAAAGUUUGAAGAAACAAGACAUAACAAUUUAAGUGUUUAUUUCUUUAACAAAUGGGGCUCAGUAGCGCAUAAGAAAUCACUACAAAACUACAACCGUGUUGCAGCGCCUCAUCUUGCUGAGAACAUGCUUGGUCACACACAGUUGUGGGACGGCAUCCUAUUAUUCAACCAGCAUUGAACCCAAUUUAGCCAAUUCGGUGCUUUGGUGCAGACCAUUCUAUCCUCUCCACUCCCAAAUUGUGUAAGUUGUUUCUGAUAAACCCCACUUUGGUAGGGUGCGUGUAGCUAUCUUGGAGAAUAGUGUUUGGCACCUAAGAGUGGAGUGUAGGAUUGUUGUAGAAUAUAAUUUUCACAUCUCUCUGCAUUGAUAUUUCCUUUAAUGACAAUCCUUGUUUUCCAGUGAGGGUUAAAGGUGUUGGUGUAUUGUUCGUGUAGUUUCCUUACAAAUGCAGUAUGGUACUGUUUAAGGAGAAAUAAACAAAAUUCCACACGGUAUAAAAUAUAAUUUAUUUAUGUUGUUCUUUCUCUGUUUUCACUUUUGAACACAAGUUCUUCACCCAGUAACAUCAUCCCCAACAAGUGACCUUUCAGUAUUGGGUGUUCUCAAAUGAGGACAAGGUCAUAUUUUAAAGACCAGUCUAUUCUGGUCAUGUUUUUAUUUGCAUGUUUGUUUAAUCAAAUUUAUUCUUCAGUUGUGUUUACCUGUAUUCUAAAUGGUAGCAGCAACAUUUCUCAGUAGUACAUAAAAGUACUGCAUGAAUUUCCAAAUAAUAGCAAAAAGAAAAAAGAAAACAUGGAAAUCAUUUGCUGAGAUCACCAGAAUUUCAUCCUUUAGGUACUGCAGUGACCAUGUAUGCAAAGUUCUUAAAAAACCAAACAGUCUAGUCAGUGUUUUACUUUAAAUUGGAACUGAAAGAAGAUUAGAAAGUAAAAACAGUGUUUCCUGUUGGUAGCUGCAGAGCUGCUGCAUCACCCACCACUACCACCAAUGAUUGCCAGGCAUAUUCACUUAUGAUGAGCCAAAUCCUACCAGUUAGCUCCACCAUUGUAUGCCAUCGCCAUUUUUCAAAUUGCUGUGCAGCCAGAAAGAGCAAAAGGGGAAGUAAAUUUGUCUAUUCUGUAUAAUAUAUUGGAUUAGUAUGUAGUCCAGAACAAGCAUUCACUGCUACUACAUGCCAUGUUGAGGCCAAACAAUUAUGAAUAGGCAUUUACAAGUGGUAAAGAUGGAAACCAGUCAGAUGGAACAGUUCAGGAACAUGCACAACCCUGCAAAAAGUACUCAUACCCUUUGAACCUUUUCACAUUUUGCACGUUGUCACAAAGAGUGUUUUUGAAUACUGCUUUUCAUUUUAUAGGGACUGUAGAGGACAGGGAAGCCGUUCAGAGCUCGUGGGAAGUUGCAUUGAGCUGAAUACAGAACAAUCCUAGAAGAUGACCUGUUUGAAUCUGCAAUAGACUUAAGACUGGGGGUGAGGAUUUACCUUUCAGCAGGUCAGAAACCUUAAACAGAGAAACAAAGUGAAAUCGGCAAAAAUCUGAGUCUCAAAAUGGGGAAAGCUGGUAGAGACAUUCCCCAAAGGGAUUCUGGGGAAUAAUUGCAGCUAAAGAUGGUUCUACAAAGUACUGACCCAGAAAGGCUAAAAUCAAAUCUACACCAUGCUUUUCAGGUUAUUAAUUGUAAAAGUUUGAAUACCAAGUAUCCCUUUUUAAACAAUAAUGCUGUAAUUUGUGUCAGUUGUGUUUAUUCUGUCUUUUAUUGUGCAGUGUUCUUGAGUGACCUGAAAGGUGCUUUUAAAUUUAAUGAAACAUCAUUAUUAGGUGUUGCACGAAGGCACAACUUGUAUCACUGUUGCCUUGCUACAAGAAUGUCCUGGGUUCAAAUCCAAGCCUGGGGUCUUUCUAUGCAUGUCUACCCUGUGCAUUUGUGGGUUCUCUCCAGGUACUCCGGCUUCCUCCCACAGUACAAAAACAUGACUUUUGGGUUAAUUGGUCUCCCUAAAUUGUCUUUAGGUAUGAGUGUGUUCAUGCAUGGUUGUUUGUCCUGUGUGUCUUUGUGUCGCCCUGUCCACCAACUGUUCAGGGUGUACUCGCCCAAUGACUGCUGGAGGUAGGCACCAGCCCUCCCAAGCCACUUGCCCACCACCCCUACUUUGGGAUGUAUUAUUAUUUUCCCAUCACAUACAAAUCCCAAUAAAUUGAAGUUUGGGGUUUGACAGUGACAAACUAUAAAAAGGUUCAAGCUCUAUGGGUACUUUUGCAACACACUGUACAUACAUUUAAACCAGUUUAUGUUCAAAAGCCAAUCAAUGUCCGUGUCAAUGUUUGCUUCAGCUUCAUCAUCAGAGAUCAUCCUUGUCCAGCACCGGGUUCAAACAGCUAAAGUUGAAUGUGUCACAACUUGAACUCUCGCUCUGUCCGAUGUCAUUGUAUUGUAUUCUUCUUCAUCUGAAUUGUGUUCCUCAAUAGAUGAAAAUCCUUCGAAAUCUACGUUGUUGAUUCUUACUGCCUCAUGUGAUGUCAUCAGUUCAAAUACAAACACACUGGACUUAGAAGGUUUUUUUUUAGGUCUGCUUUUGAAAAACUUAGCAUUCCAGGCUUCAUUAAUAAGCUGUAUUUUUAUUAUUGUUUUACAGUUAUUUCGGAAAAGAAAUACUCCUCUGGCUAGUAUCUUUAUGACACACCGAUUCGUACAUAUAAUACAGUAUAACCAAGUACAGUAGUUGAUGUGCUAAGGAAGUUGUGUGAAUCAUAAAAAGAAUAACAUCCAUCCUUUUUAUAUAUCAGCAGGUUGACACAGAGAAACACAAACAUUUUCUUCUCCUGAAAGUACAUUUUGCAAAUGUCGAAAGAUAGUGUAUGUCUCAGUUUGUUUCUACUUCUGCCUUUCUAUUACCAACAGUCACAUUUUUCUCAGCUAUGAACAGUCGGGGUUUAGUUGUUAAACUUUUCUAAGAGGCAGGUGGGUCUGAUCAAAGAGCCUUUAAGAUGGAUUUGUCCAUGUUGUACUAGAGAUUCACGCCACCUAGACUCUAGGAAAAAAAUAAUUGUUUUUAAAGUGGCAGACCUAACAGAGGUCCGGUUUGUAAGUAAAUUAAUUUUGCUUCUGUAGUUUGCAAAGUCCAGCAUAUAUUGUCAUUUGAAAAUUAAAUUUAAAAAAAUUUAUGGUUUGAAUAUUGAUGGUGAAAGGAAAUACUGUAUGAUAAUCAUAUUGUGGCGAUUUUAUUUUUGCUUUUUUCUUUCCCAGCUUAAACAAGUUAUGUUACAACUGGGUGUGCACAUGUGCAACUGCUGUGUAUUAUUAUUUAUUUCAAAGAGGCAGAACUGUGCAAAUGAUGUUUUUAUCUUUUUUGCUGAAAAUAAAAUUGACAUUCAGUUCCUUAAAA